GGUGGCCGCGGUGUGUGUAGCCAUGUGGGAUGCGUCCUUCUCUUGCAUAUCGGGCCGUGAUGUGGCAGGCAAGAGCCCCAAUCCCGUCAUGACACAGAUUGGCGAUGGCUGGUGGUUCCAUCCCAGAGACUAAGCAAGUGCCGUGGAGAAGACAAACCCUGGUAAAUUUGAGGGCUGGUGAGGUGUGUGGGCUUGGGUACUUUCCCGAGUGACGGAGGACGACCGGCGGGACGGUUCCAGGUUGCUCUGCAAGGGCACCUGGCCUGGAGGGCUCCUGCCUUGCAACAAUAUAAGUUCUGCCGCUUGACGCACCACUCACCUUCCGUCUGCUUCCAACUUCCAAGCUCGUACAAGUCCCACCUGUCCUGGUCUGCCCUUCAAAACCACGACUCUUCGUCCUCUCUUCUCUCUCCUCGACCUUUUCCCUCAACAACAACAACAACAAUCUUACAGAGCAUCGACUUUUUUUGCGACUCUCCUAGCCAACCACCCCUUAAGCAUCAUUCUACAUUUAUUCCUAGGAUCACAUCCCCACCCACAUCGCCAAAAUGAAGUCCAUCGCUACUUUCGUCCUUGCUUUCGGCGCUGCCUCCGUUGUGGCCCAGAACCAGUGGCCCGAGGGCUUCCCCGAAUGCGGUAAAACCUGUAUCAGCAACAUGCAAGGCAAGGCUGGUAGCGAGUUCUCCAACUGCGCUGCCGGUGAUGCUGCGUGCCUCUGCGGAGCCGCCAACUUCCGCUGGGGCAUCAACGACUGCGCCGACCAGGCUUGCGGUAACUCGGCUGUUGCCCAAGUUGUCAAGGAUUACGGCGUCGCCUAUUGCAGCUCUGUCAAUGCCCCUACCGCCAUCCCCCCUACUGUCUCGAAUGUCCCUACUACCUCGGCUGAUGCCUCCGCCACCACCACCCAGGGCUCAGAGAGCGCCACUACCACCGAGUCCAGUGAUGAUGCCACUCCCACUCCCGUCUCGACCCAGACUUGGACUUCGACCCUGACCUCUGAUGGCGUCGAGGCUACUGCCACUGGCACCACUACCAUUCUGGGCAUCUCUAAUGUUCCCGGUGCUACCUCGGUUCCCGAGACCACCCUCACCACCGAUCUUCUCACCACCGUCACCGAGGACUCCACUACCUUCACCUCCACCGUUGGCCAGACCACCCUCACCACCAGCCUCACUGGCUCUGCCCUCAGCAGCGCUCUUAGUAGCCAGGCUGACGAGGCCACUCAGUCUUCCGAUGCUAGCACCAGCACCAGCAGCGCCUGGGGUGCUCAAGUCACUGCUCCUCCUGCCCUCGGCUUCCUUGCCGCCGCUGGUAUCGCUGCCGCUCUUCUCUAAGUUGUUGCACCAUCAACGACGUUUUUUCUUUGAUGGACAACGACAUGGCCCAAAAAGGAAGAUACGAGACACGAUAUCCCAAUCUUAAUGACUGGUGGCCGGCUUGGUUGCGAAUGGAACUCAUGAGUAGUUAGACAAGAGCCCCAGUCCUCACUGGGUCUUGAUGGCUGAUUUUUUCUUUUCUCAUUUGGUGUGGUGUUGACGGUGGUGGUUCGGCAGGUGCUGUUUUUUGCUUGCUGGACAUUGAUUCUCUUGUACAUAUUGUAGGAUUUGGGACGUUUAUUUGCGGAUAUGAUACCCCCACGACGGGUCGACAUUAGUGAUUUUACGCAUGGCAUGCAUCUGAAGGGUUUAAUGAGGCUACCCAUGUAAUAGAUAGAUAGUGAUAUGGGUGGGAAUUUACGAAAUAUUCUUAAUUUGGUUCUGAUUUCUCUGUGAAUUGUGU